UUUGUAGCCUCUUUACUAUCAAUAAGAGAGAUAUAUAGAGAGUGAAUAGCUUGUUACUUUACUUGUUAGCUUGCUAAUUAGGGCUUGAAAAAAGAUAAGAAAACGAAAGAUAAGAGAUUAUUGAUAGUACAAUUUCAAAAUUAUGGGAAUCAAGUCUAUCUCCAAAGGCCUAAUAACAGCAAAGGCAUAUUUGGCUAUAAUUGCACUCCAAUUUGGGUAUUCUGGGAUGCAUAUAAUAACUGCAGUUUGCUUGAAAAAAGGGAUGAACCAUUACAUCCUCUCUGUCUAUCGUCAUGUUUUUGCCACCCUUGCCAUUGCUCCUUUUGCGCUUAUUUUUGAAAGAAAAACUAGGUCAAAGAUGACCCUCUCCAUCUUUCUCAAGAUAAUGGUGCUCGCUUUUCUUGAGCCUGUGCUGGAUCAAAAUCUAUAUUACGUGGGAUUGCAAUAUACAUCAGCGUCAAUUACUUCUGCCAGCGUAAACAUUCUUCCAGCUAUUACCUUCAUCAUGGCAACAAUUUUCAGGCUGGAGAAAGUAGACAUAAGGAAGAUACCAAGCCAGGCAAAGAUUAUAGGAACAAUAGUGACAGUAUCAGGAGCAAUGGUAAUGACCUUAUAUAGAGGGCCUAUUUUGAAUAUAUUCGGAAAUCAUGAAGUUGGGCACCAUCUGGCUAACAGUGCAACUGCGGCUGCUGCUACUCCUCCUACUCAGCAUUGGGUGCUUGGAACUAUUUGUGUUCUCUGCAGUUGCUUGGGAUGGGCUACUUUCUUCAUCCUCCAAUCAUUUACACUGAACGAGUACCCAUCGCAACUAUCAUUGACAGCAUGGAUAUGCUUCAUGGGAUCAUUAGAAGGUGGGGUAGUAUCCCUUGUGAUGGUUAGGGACAUGAAAGCCUGGGAACUUGGCUGGGACUCCAGACUUCUUGCCUCUGUUUACACGGGGGUGAUUUGCUCGGGGAUUGCAUAUUACGUGCAAGGAGUAGUGAACCGGGAACGAGGGCCUGUUUUUGUGACAGUGUUUAGCCCUCUUUGCAUGAUCAUCACCGCCGCUUUAGGCUCUCUUAUCUUGCAUGAGCUACUCCACUUAGGAAGCAUAAUAGGAGCAUUGGUCAUAGUCAUAGGGCUAUACACAGUGGUAUGGGGAAAAAGCAAGGAUCUCCCAAUUUCUAACGGCAAGGCGCAUCCGGAGUUACCCAUUGCCAAUGACACCGCCAUUACCACCACCGUCAUCACCGCAGCUGCCACCCCCACCAAAACUGUUGACAUUACUAAUGCUUCGGAUCAACCCCGUCAAUAUGGAAUCUUAAUGACCAACAUUUCCUCGUCAAAAGAGGCUGCAUAACAUUACAUAUUUCUAUUGGGCUCUCUAAAUACCCCCUCC